AUGGACAUCAAGUUUUGCAAGACCAACCUUCUCAUUGAGCACAAGGAGUUGGAUGGGAGAUUCCAAUUCAAGUUCACCAUCCAUUGGCUGGACCCUCCAAUUGGGCAUGAGGAUGAUUUGCGAGAAGAGGAGCCUGAGCUCGAUCGAGCUGAAGCUGAGGAUCGAGCUGAGUCUGAGCUGAGAUCAGGCCAGGAGAGUGCGGAUUUGGGUGAGCCUGAGUGCUAUUACUUUGAGGAGUAUGAGGCUCCAAGGAUGAACCCCUCUGUUGUGGCUGCCCACAAGAGGAUUGGACUUCUCCAAAAGUUCAACAAAUGGCAAGGGAAAGCCAUUGAGAAGAUGCAAAAGUCCAUGGACAAGAUGGUGAGCAAGAUCAAAAGUUUGGAGAAGAAGGUUUCUGGUUCUUCAAGCAAGAAGAAGAAGUCCAAGGCCCCCACAUUCCCUAGGAGUAGAUCACUCUCACCACUCCAAGGAGGCUCCCUGCCCAAGAGCCUCACAGAGCCUCUUCUUUCGAGCCAAGGGAAGGAGAAGACAACACGCAGAGAAGGAGGAAGACUUCCAAGGCCAGACGCUCCAGCUCGACCACCGGACUCGAUCGAGUCCAAACAGAGGAAACUCAACUCGAUCGAGCUGAGGUCGAGUUGA